CUACAAUCCUACAUGACGGAUAUUACAAGAGACAAAGACAACAUUACGCAAUGGUAGGACACUUGUGACUUUUGGUAUUUAUAACCAUUGAAGCGGGACAGAGAGAAAAAAAAAGAAGAAAAAAACGCAGACAAACCAUCACCUCACCUCAACACUAUACUUUCUUCUUCAAGCUUAAAUCUUUCUCUCUGCUCUUCCAUGGCUAACAAGGAAGCUUUGGUUUUGCUGCUUGAUGUGGGUCCAUCCAUGCAUUCUGUUAUUCCUGUAAUUGAGAAGCUUUGUUCCAUGCUUGUGCAGAAGAAGCUGAUCUACAACAGGCAUGAUAAAGUGGGAGUUGUGUUAUUUGGGACAAAAGAAACUUAUAACGAACUUACUUUGGAACUUGGUGGUUAUCGACAUGUCGUGGUUUUGAAAAAUCUUAAAGAUGUGGAUGGAGAUAUGGUUGAGGCUUUACAAAAACUGCCCCGAGGAACUAAAGAUGGAGAUUUUCUUGAUGCUAUUGUUGUUGGCAUGGAUAUGCUGAUAAAAAUGUAUCCGAAAGCUAACAAGGUGAAGAAACGACUCUGUCUUAUUACGAAUGCACAAUGUCCAAUAAAAGCAUCUAUAGAAGGAACAAAAGAAGAGCAAGUUACCACCAUUGCUAAACAAAUGUCUGUCCAUGGUACAAGGAUGGAAAGCAUAAUUGUGAGAGGAAAGCUUUGUCGGAAGAAGGCAAAUAAGACGACAGCUAGUGAGAAUCAUCGCCUUUUAAAUAUCUUUUCAAAGGAAACUUCUACAAGGAUAGUGUAUGUGGGGAAUCCGGUUUCUUUGUUUGGUGCUCUUAAAACCCAGAAUAAAACCCCACAUACAGUUUUCAGAGGUGAUCUUGAGCUAAGCUCAAAAAUGAAGAUCAAGGUAUGGGUGUAUAAGAAAACAAUAGAAGAGCUUCCCAAUCUAAAGAAAUGUUAUGAAUCUCCUGAUAUAGUUGUCCCUUCAGAUCAAAGGGUCAGAGGUUAUCAUUAUGGUCCUCAAAUAGUUCCUAUGUCGAAGGACGCUUUGGAUGCUGUUAAGUUCAAACCUGAAAAGGGUGUUAAGCUUCUAGGAUUUACUAAUUCUUCUAAUGUAUUGAGGCACUACUACAUGAAAGAUGUCAAUAUCUUCAUACCUGAACCGGAAAAUAGGAACGCCAUGCUUGCGCUUUCUGCGCUAGCAAGGGCUAUGAAGGAAAUGAAUAAGGUGGCGAUACUACGUUGUGUGUGGCGACGGGGACAAACCAAAGUUGUUAUUGGGGUCCUGAUUCCGAAUAUAUCUGAUAAAGAAAAUAUUCCUGAUUCAUUUUACUUCAAUGUACUUCCUUUCGCCGAGGAUGUGCGUGAGUUCCAGUUCCCUUCUUUCAGUAAGCUCCCAGCAGCGUUACAGCCGAAUCAGCAGCAGCUAGAGGCAGCAGCUAAUUUAGUAGAAAUGCUUGAUCUUGCACCAUGUGGGAAAGAGAAAGCUUUGCUACCUGAUUUUACACCAAAUCCAGUCCUAGAGCGCUUUUAUCGUUGUCUUGAGCUGAAGUCAAAAAAUCCGGGUGCUGCAGUACCACCUAUUGAUGAGACACUCAAGAAAAUUACAGAGCCUGAUUCUAACCUAGUUUUGAAAAACAAGUCUGUGAUAGACUCAUUUCGGAGGUGUUUCGAGCCAAAUGAAAAUCCCAGGCAUAAGAAAUUGAGGCGUUUAUUGCUUGAGAAGAGUUCUUCUAGCGAAGAAGAUUGUAAUCGAGACAUUACCCCACUGCCUUCGAAUCUCAUCGAAGUUAAAGUCGAUAACGUCUGCAAUCCUACUCCACCCCAAGCUUUUGAAGCCAUGUCUGGAAGCAGAAAUACUCAAGACUCUGUUGUGAAAGCAAUCAAAGAUACGAGAAACAAAAUAUUUGAACUGAUUGAUGAAUCAAAUGAUGGUGAUAACUAUCCUGAAGCAUUGCAAUGUUUAACAGCACUUCAAGAGAAGUGCAUUGCUGAUCAAGAAUCAGAACAGUUCAACGAUUUCCUUCGCCGUCUUUGGAAUUUCGAUAGAAACCUUGAGAAUUUCCGUGGAUAUCUUGCUUCCAGGGGACUCACCUUAAUCCCCAAAGCAGGAUUUUUAGACAGCCAAGUUACUGAAGAAGAUGAGCCAAAAGUUGAAUGAUUCCUCAGGUGGAUGUGCUGAAAUGGUAGAACUUUUUGAUAAUUAUUUGUUAAAAAUUAGAAUAGAUUGUCUAAUACAGUUAUUUAAACGUUUGUUUUGGAACAUUUGGCAAAGCUUUAUUAGUACUCUCACCUUAUGUUAUAGCACUUAUUUUAUUAAUGAGAAAUAGCAAAUAGAAAACUUUGAUAUAUAA